AUGAAGGCCCAGGGCCAGUCGAGGCCGGCCUCGCCGCCUCUGAGCACCGUGUUCCGCCACGUGCGGUACGAGAACCUGGUGGCGGGCGUGAGCGGCGGUGUCCUCUCCAACCUGGUGCUGCAUCCGCUGGAUCUCGUGAAGAUUCGCUUCGCCGUCAGUGACGGACUGGAGCUGAGACCCAAGUACAAGGGUGUCGUCCACUGUUUGACCUCCAUUUGGAAGAUGAACGGUAUACGAGGCCUCUAUCAAGGAGUAACCCCCAACGUGUGGGGCGCGGGUUUGUCUUGGGGACUCUACUUUUUCUUCUAUAACGCCAUUAAAUCCUAUAAGACAGAGGGGAGAAAGGAACGGCUCACGGCCACAGAAUACCUGACUUCGGCUGCCCAGGCCGGGGCCAUGACGCUGUGCGUAACAAACCCAUUGUGGGUAACAAAGACCCGGCUGAUGCUGCAGUAUGACCACAGCCCCGCCGAGAGGCGCUACAGCGGAAUGGUGGACGCGGUGGUCAAGAUCUACAGAGCCGAGGGCAUGCGGGGGCUGUACAGGGGCUUUGUGCCCGGGCUGCUGGGCACCUCCCACGGAGCCCUUCAGUUCAUGGCGUAUGAGGUGCUUAAAGUGAAGUACAAUAAGCAUAUCAAUCGAUUACCGGACGCGCAGUUGAGCACGGUGGAGUAUGUAUCCGCUGCCGCGUUGUCUAAAGUAUUUGCUGUGUCAGCAACGUACCCCUAUCAAGUAGUGAGAGCCCGGCUUCAAGAUCAGCACAUUGAUUACGAAGGCGUGUUCCACGUGAUCAGGAGGACGUGGAGCAAAGAAGGCAUUCCAGGAUUUUACAAAGGAAUCGUUCCUAAUUUGAUUACAGUGACUCCCGCAUGUUGUAUUACUUUUGUAGUUUAUGAAAAUGUCUCCCAAUUUUUAUUUGACCUCGGACAGAAAAGGUAA